AUGAUUGUCACGCGUGUGCCAUACGCCGUCGUGCGGCGCCUGCGGAGCCGCCGCGUGCAGCUGCUGCUGGCGGCCGGCAAGCAGCACGAGGCCCUCAUCUUCUUCGCCGAGCGCUGCGGCCUCGCCGUCGUCGAGGGCCUCUCGCCCGAGGAGGUGGCCCUUCUGCGCGAGGUCACCGGCGCGGCGCCCGUCGCCCCCGACGGCCAGGCCCCGGACGUGGCGGUGGCGGCGUUCUGCCGGCCCGUGCUGCUCGGCGCCGAGAGAUACGUUCACGUGGGCUUCAGCGGCGCGUGCGCCUUCGAGCCCCACAGCGUCGUGCUGUGCGCGCCGGCCCCCGGCGUCGUGGAGCAGCACGCGGACACGCUGCAGGGCGCCCUCCGCAUGCUGGAGCAGCUCUCUGACGGCGUCGAGCAGCGGAGUCAGACGUCAGGCGCCUGCGGUCGCCCUCCUGCUGCUGCCCAGAAGCAGCUCCCYGAAGAAAACGUCCCCUGUAAUGGUAGCCAGGGCUUGGAGCAUCACCUGGGAACAGGCGGCAGYGGAGCAGGGAUGCGGAUGGUAGAGGCCAGCCUGGAGGGCAGUGGGAAUCCCACGUGUGAGCAAACAGACGUGCAGGAGCCCUCCUGUCCUGUCCCACCCUACAGAGAGCUCAGUGCCCUCGCUGUCACAGAGAGCUCUUCAGGAGACCUACAGAAACUGCCUCCAAACUGGGAGCAUCCAGAUGAUGUCCACAGGCAUUGUGGAAGCGGCUUAGUCGUGGACAAUCCAAAGAGCAGCGGUUGUACAAGUAGCGGGCAGAACUAUUGUGGCCCGGUCAUAGAAGCAGGGUCAGUUUUGCCCGUGGGAGGUCACUUUGAAGUCCUGCUGCACUACUCCCUCGGGCAGUACGCCGAGGAGUGCGCGGAGCCCCUGCUAGCCGAGGUGGCUCGCGCCGCGGCCGAUGCCUUGCUGAGCAUCCCGCAGGCCCUGCACGGCGCCGCGGCGGGAAGCGCCUUCCACAGSUUCUACCUGAGCGCCAUGGAGGCGCUCAGGAGCAACGAGCCGCUGCCUGCGAGCGACGAGGGCUUGGAGUCGGUGCCCGGGAAGUGCCAGCUGGUCCUCGCGGUGCUGAACUGCGCCGCCGAGCUGCUCGCCAUCGACGCGGUGCUGGGUGUCAAGCGGCCGCUGCAAAAAACUGACGACAGCGACUCGGAAGAUGAUAUGUGAAAAUGCUCAAUAAAGACCUCUUGGUUUUAUGCUUUUGUCUGUGCUCUAACUAACACCA